AUGAGUGCCACAGAGGACGAGGACACAUUUGAUGAGGACGAUGUGAAACCAGCACCGAUAUUUCGGCGUGGCCUCACACGUGAAACCAGCUCAUUUUCGCGUUUGUCAACUGCUAUUCGUCGUUCGCUUCGAUUACCCGCACGUUCCUCAAGUAUUCGCUCAAGCCGAGAAAAAGAAGAUAACGAGUGGGAAACCCUUCGAAAGAAAGAUACCUAUCCUCGAUUCACGAAAAACAGCGAUACGUACGUUGGCGCAAGUUCAGUGCCGUCAAAAAUUGACGAGAUUAGGGAAAAUCUCCGACUUAACCGAACUGAUACAGUGAAAAAGAUUGUAAGAAAAGCAGAAUGGCCAGUUAGACAUGAAGUUCGACGAGAAUUAUGGCGAAUUCUCUGUCAUAGCAAAGAUUAUGAUAGCAGCAAAACUUUAUAUCGUACAGAACUUGAGGAAACUGUUAGAAGUGGAACAAAAUCACAUCAACCUCAAUUUCUAAGUGAGGAAGGUGUAGUGGUGAAUAACUUCAAUCUAAAUGAGCAGGGAGCCGUACGACUUCUUCGAUUGCUCACUGUAAUCGAACAUUUACGACCAGAGAUUAGUUCUGCACCGAUGCUUUAUCCACUAUGUGCUCUAAUGCUUCACUAUCUGGAGGAUGAGGACGUGUUUGCCUGUGUCCAGCAUUUGCUUGUUUCAAAGGGUUAUUUAAUGACAUCACCGGUACAGUGGUCUGCAUCUUCAUAUACGAUACUUUCUCUUAUAAAGAAACAUAAACCACGAGCCUAUGCUAUGCUGAAAAGGCAGGUUGGAACCGCUGAUGACUCAAUACUAGUGAAAACGACAAGAGAUUGGCUUUCAUGGAUCUUCAGCGGCCUUCCAUUCAAUCAUGUCGUCCGAAUUAUCGAUUGUUACCUUGUGGAAGGACAAAAAUUCCUUACAAGAGCUGCGAUUGCAAUUGUUUAUAUAUGGGCAAAAUCGUUGAAGAAUCGCCCUACUGAUGACUUGCAUGGGAAAUCGCAAGAAGAACGAAUUGAAGCUGUUAAGCUAGAACUUGCAAAUAUUGCUCAGCAAAUGCAGAUCUCGACGGAAACAUUCAUUCAAACUGCAGUACGAAUCCGAAAUCUUCAAAGUUCAACUAUAACACGGCUUCAAACUCAGUUCGAGAACAAGGUUCGAGAAGAUGUAAACCGAAGACAAACGCAAAAACGUGCCUUACCAAGAAGAGCUCGUCAUUUGUUUACACAACCGUUUUCUUCCGCGAUUGUUGACCAAGAUGCUGCUGCUGAAAUAAUGUCGUCAUUUCCACCUCGUCUACAACUAGCAACACCUCAACUUCUUUUCCGAUUAAGCACUGAUGGUGCUAGCUUCACUCAUCUCUGGAGCAAAAUCGACCAAGCAGAACAAACUUUGCUACUUAUCAAAACCACUACGGGUGAAAAAUUCGGAGCUUACUGUAGUUCCUCCUGGGCCGAGCGAAAUGAUCGACGUGAACGAUCAAAAUCCAAGUAUUUCGGUACUGGGGAGUCGUUUGUCUGGGUUCUUGAAGAAGAAUUAGAACUUCCAAUCAUUUAUGGGUGGGUUGGUAACAACAACGAACAUCCGGAUGCGUGCCCUCAGAUGUUUAUGGCUGCGGGUGACAAGUUACUCGUGAUUGGUUCUGGUGACGGAGACGCUAUCCGUAUAUCCGAAGAACUCACGCAUGGUAUGUCGUCAGCAUGUAGAACAUUUGGUAGUCCAGCAUUAGUACAAAGUCGUAGCUUUGACAUCCACGAACUGGAAGUAUUUGACGUACUGACAGGCUCGUGA